AUGCACGUGGAUUCGAAUCCCACCGAGGCUACUGAUCUUUUUCACAAUUCAAUUGCCACUAAACAAGCAAACGCCCGUGAAGUGAUCGAUAUUUUGGACAUCUUUCGUGAUACAAAAAAUUUGUACUAUUUAUGUAAACAUUUGGCUGGACAGAAACUUAUGACGCCGGAAGUCUCCGCAGUAAUCCAGACAGCCGUGUCGGAGAUCAGUUCGAGACAGGCUUGGGAUAGUGAGAGCCAAUUGCGUGACACAUCUCUCGAAUCGAGCAGUUUAUUUCACAGUCUUCUCAUACUGGCCCUGGAUGCUUUGUGGAUCUUCAUUGUGGCUGUGCGAGCUGGAACCGGUCCGCAAACAAAUCUGAUGGGCUCAAUCAGCUCUUCCGGAUCAACACUGACUCGACGCAGUUGGACCGGCACGCCAAGUGGUCCAGCACAAACCCCAUCGGUGCUUAGUGUACGAACUCCAUGCUUGGAUCGAUGGCUGAUCGGACAAGAUGAACGUCUCAUGGCAUGGUGUAUUGCGAUCACUGAAGGGUACAAUGGCCUAAAUAUUUGCAAUUUCACGCAUUCUUGGCGAGAUGGUUUGGCAUUUCUGGCUAUUGCCCAUCAAAGCCGACCGGAUUUAUUCACCUAUGAGACUCGAUUAGAGAAGACUGUCAAUCAGAACUUAUCGUUGGCCUUUCAUCUGGCCACGGCUGAAUUUGCCACACCCCGUCUUCUGGAACCGAUGGACAUGCACCCGGACAAUGUGGAUGCUCGAGCUACUGCGGCCUAUGUGAUGGAAUUUCGCAAAGCCGUCGAACGGGAUCGUAAACGCCGAUCACGAGGAAUUCUCGAAAUUCAGACCACGACCAUGGUAAGCGUUCGAGAGGAAUGCAAUUUGCCCCGAUCAAAAAGGGAACGUUCUGUUUAUGGAUUCUCUUGCUGCCGAUAA